AUGAGCACCGCCAAUAAUCCAGAAAAUACUGUUGACUACCUAUGUCUACUCCCCAAGGAGUUAUGGCGGCAAAUCCUUCUUGAGGUAUAUCCACCGCUCCUAUCUACCUUUACGGAGAAUAUUGGGGAAUACAUGCAGCUAAAGUGGCUGAAAGAAAGGGUGUUUGCCGCACAGAAAUGCCGUAUAGAACUGCUGGUCAUCUGUAAGGCUCUGCAGCCAAUCGCAGUUGAACUCCUUUACUCUGAAGUAAUCCUCAGCGGGACUACACGAGGAAUACAAAAGUUUUUUAGCGGAAUAGAUGCCCAAUGCAAUGCUGGGUAUUCUCCUGGAGUGUAUACGAGAUCCAUUGUCGUUGAUCUCAGAGGUUACGAGAGAACGAUGACCGAAAGCAUGCGCAAUGACUACGUCAGACUCCAUCUACUUCAUCAGUACUGCCCACGAAUCAACCUUAUGCUAGUCAAUGGGCCGUUUCGUCCUUAUACGCGCCUACCCUUAGACUGGAUCGUCGCUGUCGAGACGUUGAUACUCUUCGGCCCUAUAGUGGACUGGAAGGAGCUACCCUCUCCCCUGCUCAGUCACUCAUUCAUGCGCGUCACGUCACUCGGAAUCGUGGAGCCACUCAUCUUUCCAAAUCUCACAUCACUAUAUUUGGACGUCUCCAUCCCCGAAAAGCUAUCCCUUCUUUCCCUUCCAUCUCUCCACUGGCUAAACUUCUCCAUCGAUUGCCUCGAUAUCAACGAAUCAGCCACUUUUAUAGAACAAAAUGGCCAGCACCUCCGGUAUCUUGGGGUCAGACUUGACCUUGUGGACGAUAUUGGCGCAUGGGAAGAGCCUGACGUCAAGUCAAUAAUAAAUGCUGCCUACAAAUGCCAUCAUCUUGAUGUUCUCGAGAUUGAUAGCAGGCUCCCCGACACUGGGCAGCCUAGGGAUCGGCAUCCAUCUCUCCAUACCCUUAUACUUCAAGGUCACGAUGUGCCCACUAUCUUGACCGCUUUGUACCAAUGGGGAUUCCAGGAAUGGAGGCACGAGGAGAUCGGAUUUCACACUGUCGUCAUCAAUUUCUACGGUGAUAUCGGCCAACUUAUGGGAGACGACGUCGAGGCUGCCAUCCUGGAAGAAAUCAUAGUUCAAUGUGAUACCAAGUCGGCAGUCUUUAAAAUUGAACUUAUUGUAUGA